CGCGCCCGCCCUUGGGAGGGAUGGCACGGAAGCGCGAUUAGAGCGAUGGACCGCGGCGCGCGCGCUCGCUUCAGACCCGAGGAAGCGCCCUCCGCGGGGAUGAAGCCGAGCGCGCUGAGGCAGCUGUCCCCCGAGCUCCAGUCGAAGCUUCGUUCGUGCACCGUCAUUUCGUCCAUCGGACAGCUCGUGGAGGAGUGCGUGUGCAACAGCAUCGACGCCGGGGCGACGAAGGUGUCCGUCGUCGUCGACACCGGGUCGACGCUCGCCAUCACGGUCUCGGACAACGGCCGCGGGAUGAGCGUGCGGGACGUCCGCGACGUCGGACGGCGGUACCACACGAGUAAAUGCCAUGAUUUACAAGAUCUGAGUGACAACAUAAAGACGCUGGGAUUCAGAGGCGAAGCUUUAGCGUCCAUGUCCGACCUGAGCGUCCUCGAGGUGACUUCGCGAGCCGCGGGGAGCUUCGAGACGUAUACGCGGAUAUCCACGAAGGCGGGCACGGCGACGCUCGCGUGCGGGCCGGCUCGGUAUCAACUCCCGAAAGCGGGCACCGUGAUCACCGCGCGCGACUUGUUCCACAACCACCCCGUGCGGAGGAACAUGAUCCGGCGGAACCUCCAGAAGCAGCUCGAGGACGCGCGCGCGAGGGUGUACCGACUCGCGCUCAUUCAUCCUGCGGUCGGCGUCUCGCUCACGGAGUUCAACGGCAGGAGGAAAGAGCUCAUGAGGCUCCCCCCGGGACGGUCGCUCCUGUCGGCGUUGUCCGACGCCUUCGGGAGCGCGCUCGCGUCUUCGCUCGUGCCGGUCGGUUUGACCGUCGGGCCGUUCCGCGCGCGCGGGUACGUCACGCCGAGUAAUCGCGCGCUCAACUCCCCGGAGGUACAGUUCUUAUACGUCAACCGCCGGUUCGUGAAGAAGACGCCGCUGCACAAGGCGGUGAAGGACGCGUUUAACGCCGCGAGGGAUCCGUACGAGUCGCGACGGGGGCCGGUGACCGCGCCGCCGGGGGGUCAUCCGGGAUACGUCUUGUGCCUCGACUGCUCCCCGAGCGAGUACGACGUGACGUACGACGUGGAGAAGACGCUCAUCGAGUUCAGGGACUGGGAAAUGCCGCUGCGGGUUCUGAACGAGGCGCUGCGAGAGGCGUGGCCGCCGAUAAAGGAGAAGGAGAAGGAACCCGAUCCUCUCGAGCCGCCGCCGCAGACGCGCGAGCCGCCGGUCACGCCGCCGCCCGCGGUCGCGGUCGGAGGGACAGAGACUCCGUCGAAGGACGCGAACGGGAAUUGCAUCUGCUGCCCUCCGCUCGCGCGACGUCGACUCGGGGUUCCGUCGAUGGGAACCAACGAUGACGACGACGCCUUCAUCUGCCAAACGAUCGAACCGUUCGAAGAUGCGCCGCCGCCGCAGCAGCAGCAGCAGCCGCAGCCUCCAAACGACGUCCGCUCGCUGCUCGCGACGUGGAAGAAUCCGGUGCCCGCGGAGAUGUACCAGCCCUCGAUGCCGUCGUCCACGGCCAACGCGGUCGUCACGCGCGAGUCGCUCGAAAACGCGACCGUGCUGACGCAGUGGGGGAAGAAGUUCGUACUCAUCCGCAGCGCGAGCGGCGAUCUCUUCGCGCUCGAUCAGCACGCGUCGGACGAGCGCGUGCGUCUGGAGAACCUUCGGAGAGACCUCACGGCGCGCGGUGACGCGGUGACGUCGAAAGUGCUGCCGCACCCGGUGCCGUGCGAGUUAAGCGCGGCCGAGCUCGCGACGUUACGCGCGAACGCGUCGUCGGCGCACCGGUGGGGAUGGCGGUGGGAGGACGACGACGCCGGCGGCGGCGGCGUCUCCCUCACGGGCACGCCCGCGAUAGAGGGGACGACCCUCGGCGGGGACGCGCUGGGCGAGUACCUCCGAGAGAUCGCCGCCGUCGGUUUAACCUCCGCGCCGCCCCCGGCGCUGCAUCGGCUGCUCGCGUCGAAGGCGUGCCGCGGCGCGAUCAUGUUCGGCGACAUGUUGAGACGGCGGGAGUGCGUCGCGCUUCUGGAGGAGUUACGGAAGACGCAGCUCCCGUUGCAGUGCGCGCACGGGAGGCCAACCGCGGCGCUUCUCGCGCCCGGCGCCGUCGUCGAUGAGGACGCCGCGCUCACGCCGCGGAAUCGACGGAAAAUGCUCGCCGCCGGGGUCUUGAAGACGUGGCGCGCGAGCCAAGAGAAGAAGAGACACGCGCCUCUGAAGCUUCGCAUCGGCGCGAAGAAGGUGGUGCGCGCGUGAACGAAUGAACGAACGAACGAACGAACGAACGAACGAACGCUAAUACUGUUGUAUAUCGAAUGUACUCUGUACUCU